AUGCUUUCAGUUUUCGACAAGAACAAACUGCUUGGAACACUUGACGGAAUAGUAAAGAAAUUUCCAGUUGACAUUAAUGGCCCAUCAUCGAAUGUCACCAUCCGUCUCACAGAAGAUGGUAGUGCAUGGUUAGCGACCCCUUUUUGUAUUUUUGCUGUCCUUAUGAUCUUCCAUGGGUUCAUGUAUGUCUUCACCAAAGAUAAACGUAAGCCUUCCAAGACGUUAUUACUAAUUCCAUUAUUAAUAAACUCAAUUAUGACAUAUGCUUAUUUUACAUAUGCUUCCGAUUUAGGUAGUACUGGUGUACCCGUUGAGCUCACCCACGCAGGUACUGGUAUUAGACAGGUCUUUUACUCAAAAUUUAUUGCUUGGUUCUUAACAUGGCCUUUGGUUUUAAUAAGUUUUGAAAUCACAAGUCAUACUUCAUCAAAUACCGAUAAUGAGACUGAUUUUGUAACUAGAGUCAUUCAACUUUUCCAAAACGUGUUCAUCAAGCUUGUCUAUAUCGAAAUUUUCAUCGUUCUAUUUUUGAUUGGUGCUUUGGUUGAAACUACAUACAAAUGGGGAUACUUCACAUUCGGUGUUUGUGCAUUAUUGUUUGUCUCCUACCUUGUUUGUGUCGACGUACACCGCUCAUUCCUUUCAGAUGCUCCUACAUCAAAAUGGGGAAAUUAUUUAGUAUACUUUACCUUAUUUAUCUGGCACUUAUAUCCAAUCAGUUGGGGCUUAUCUGAGGGUGGGAAUGUCAUUCAACCAGAUUCCGAAGCAGUGUUUUAUGGGAUUUUGGAUUUGAUCAAUUUUGGAAUUGUCCCAACUGCCUUAACUUGGAUAUCUGUUCGGAAUAUCAAUGAAGAAUGCUUUCGAAACGGAGUUGGCAAUGGAUGCCCAUGCAAUUGCCGGAAUAAAGAACUUGAGAGUAUCCCUACUGGUCAAUCAGGAGAUACUGCGGUUGGAGCUUACGGUAGGUAUGCCAAUGAUGAAACUGUAUAG